UCCUCCUUCUGGAGUCCAUAAUCUAGUCUGAUUAUUCCUCAGUCUGAGAAUGCUACCUGCUCACAUAAUCUUAGGUUUUGAAAUUUUGUUACUUCGAGCCCGAAGACGUGCCAGGGAAAGACGCAGGCGUCAGUUUCGGGUUCACCAAAUGAGUUUAACACGAAUGCGCAGUGGAGGACCUUCAGAGCUAUACCAUAAGCUCCGAUCACAUCCCAACAAGUUCCUCGACUACCUGCGUAUGUCUCUAGAAAGUUUUGAUUAUCUAGUACAACGUAUCGAAGCGACAAUACAGAGACAAGAUUCUUAUUACAGAAGAUUCAUUCCUCCCCCUGAGGGUCUCAUGGUGACUCUAAGAUUUCUGGUGACUGGAGAAAGUUUUUCAUCCCUUCAUUCUCAAUUUGGGAUGGGAAUACCUAUUGUAUCCUCCAUAAUCACAGAAACUUGCCAGGCCUUGUGGGAUUCCUUAUGUGAAGACUUCAUCCCACUUCCCACAACACAGCAGUGGCUGCAGAUCGCAGAAAAAUUUUGGGAUGUCUGCCAGUUUCCCAAUUGUGCGGGUGCUUUGAACGGCAAACGCAUUCGGAUUCUAAAACGGUCGGGCUCUGAAUCUGAGUGUGUUUCUUAUAAAGAGUAUUUUUCGGUUGUUGUCAUGGCCGUUGUAGAUGCCCAAUAUCGUUUCCUUGCAGUGGACGUUGGUGCAUGUGGGAGAACCAAUGACUCGUGGUUGUUAGAGGAUCUUUUAAACGAUAGCUUUGGCUUGCCAGCACCAAGACCGCUCCCAGGUACCGAAGGACCGCCAAUGCCCUUCGUUGUUGUUGGAGACAAGGACUUCCAGAUGUGUCCUAACAUGAUAAAACCCUACUCUAAUCGUGGACUCAACUUCAGCAAAAGAAUCUUCAACCACAGAUUGACAAGGGCACGGAGAAUUGCAGAGUCUACUUUCGAAAUACUGUUUAGAAAAUGGGGAAUUUUGAGUACACCUAGGCAUCUAAAGCGAGACACGGUCGACGAUAUUGUGCAGGCCUGUGUGGUGUUACACAAUUUUCUGAUCAUGAAAAAACCUCUACAGGAUGACCUACAGUCUGAUGAUUGUGGUUUGCAGAGUUCCCAAAAUUGGGAUCCAAGGUCGACCAUUGCUGGUAACUCCAUGAGGCACAACUUUGCAGAAUAUUUUAUUUCUAAGGCCGGCUGGGUGGACUGGCAGGACGGAAUAGUGUGAAACAACCAUACACAGCGUAUUCAUAUAGCGCCAAGAUAUUCAGCAGCACUUUACAAUCAGGGGGGUUCAUGUAUAGACUCGUAAAAUAAGGCUAGUUUCACACUAGUGGCAGGGGAGUCCGGCGGGUGAACAGCCUGUCGG